CGCGCAGUGCCCAAGGCGUUCGCCAGCGCGUGUUUUUGGAGGCGCAUCGCGGCGGCGACGCGGAGGAGCCGUCGCGCGCCCCCGGCCGCCCCGGCCGCCCCGGCCGACCUCGCCGCCCUGCACGCCGACAUGCAUCACCUCAAGGCCCUGCUGCUGCAGCAGCAGCCGCACUUCCUGAAUAAAGAAAAUGUACCUACGAAUCAUGCCGUCACAGAGAGAAACACUAACAUCAUUCAUCAAUCUGUCCCGGAAUUGGAUGGCAAGGUUCUUGAGAAGAUAGCAGAGUUUGAACAAAAGUACUUGGAAAAAAUUUACUCUGUCAGGAACACAUGCCUGCUCGACAUUACGCGUUUGAAGGAAAUGCUGGAGACCAAAGAAGGAGAAAUCAGCGACCUCCGCGAGCAGCUGCGGCAGAUGCAGGAGCUGCUCCGCAGUCAGCUGGAGCAGCAGCGAGCGCAGCCGGCGCGGGAGGUGCGGCGCGAGGGUCCCCCGCGCGGCGCCCAGGGAUCUUCUGCAGGAGACGGGCAGCGACAGUCUACGCACUCACAGCGCAGCGUUGCCCUCGCGCCGGCACCCACCCCCGCCUCCGCUCCUCCGGCCCCAACACCCGGAGACCCCGCCCCCGCACGGGGCCUCUCGCCCCCGCUCCUCCGUGUUCCAACCCCUCGCUGCCCCAAGAGACACAUGAUAGACACCAGCCCCGCCACAGCUCCUGCCCUGCAUCCGCCCCGCACCAGCUUCCUGCCCUUCUUCCUGCCCCUGCCCCUGACCCCGCCCGUCCCGUCCGUCCCACCGCACAACUCUGCGCCAUCCCCGCCCUACCUCCGUCAGCUGCAUCGCUACCGGCUCAGUCCCCGUCCAGCACCUCAGAUCCCUAUCCCCGCCGCCGCCGGGCUCUCCGCCCGUAGAAGCGCCGACCCGGCACCUCCGCCCUUGUCAGGC